AAAUUAUUUUGACUUCACUUGCAGGUUACGGGGAGUGUAUAAAAAGGUCACAUUUGCUACUACUGGAACUGUGGGAUACCAGAAGCCACUGUAAUGGGAAUGAUGCUGUUAAAAAGAGCUCAAUCGAAACAAUGGCGUACUAUUGACUCGCUGCCUUCGGAGCUAAUGAAACAAAUAGUUUCGUAUCUCGCUCCAACAUGUGUUGAAGACAUGAAGCCAGGAUGUAAACUAGACCUCCAAAAUGCCAACCUGGCGCAUUCAUGUCUGAGAGAAUGGGCGACAGAACACCUAUUCAGGGAUAUGACACUGACACAUGUCUUGCCAGGAGCAUCGUGCAGUCUAGAGAUCUUUGCAAUCACAAAGCAAAAUGCCCACCUACUUGAUUUUGUAACGCAUAUUGUUGUCCAGGUUCCGCCAGCUAUACGAAGGGAUGAUUUCAAUAUUCCAGAAUUUUAUGGUCCUGCAACGCCGACUAUACAACGUCUAUAUCCAGAGUGUGUUAAUUCACCUACUUUCGAGUUCACGGACGAGAAAAGAGAGUACUGCCUAAGAUACCAUGAAGCAAUGGUAGAACCAUUCAUCCAAGGCUGGCGCUGGCCUGCGCUCGUAAACUGCGCUGAAAGCAGUUUCGCCCGAAUAUUCGGUUACUUCAAAAACCUCACAUCUAUCUCUGUCGCAUGCUGCGAGCGAGUAGACCACCUUCAGCCAACCUGCACCGGCACCUUCAUCCAGCAAACCGGCAAAUCCGCCAUCGAGCAAGAAAAUCACCGCUUCGUAGAAGACCGAACAGUAAAUCUCGCCUGGGCCAGUGCCAUCAUCGUUCGAAAAGCUCCACCACACGUCCACACCCUUCGACUCUCCCUAGCGAAUAUAGACAGCUACUACAAAACCAACACCGUCAAUUCGACCCUCAGAAAAGGCUACGGCUACCCCGAGAGCAAUUUUCCCAACCUAGCCAACCUCACACGCCUCACUCUCAGCGUCCGCGGCAUACCCGGUACCCACGGCCACCCCUCACACGUGCGCAUCGCCGCCAAAUUCCACGCAGGCUGGUUCUGGAAGCUCAUAAUCAGCAAAAUGUUGCAGCUCCAACACUUGGAGUUGGUCGACGACUAUGACACAUCACCUGACACGUGCUUCUCGGGUCUAGAAUAUACAAAUCACACUGCGUCGAUUCUGCCCUUGCUCCUCCCGUAUCUCGAGCUCAACCAGCUCAAAGUGCUAGGGCUGCGUGGCUUUGCGCUGCAGAAACACGAUUUGGCAAAUUCACUUACGGGGCCGUGGCCGAGUCUGGAGCGAAUAGUGCUGAGUGAGAUUCGGCUUAUGGAUGGGUCAGACGAGGAUUAUGCGGAUGCGGAGCAUAUGGAAGGGCUCACGUGGUUGGAGAUUUGUCAGGAGUUUGUGGAGAAACGGCCUGGUGUGAUACUGGAGCUUGAGAGGCCGUAUUCCACGUGUUUUGCGCUUGAUGCAGUGGUUGUGGAGGAGAGGUUUGUCGAGGAGUUGGGGGGUAUAGAUGGUGUGGUUGUAACUCUUUGACAAUAGGAGUUUUUCGAACGCAGACUGAUUGGGUGGUGUUACUAACAAUAGUGGGUGAUUCCACCCUCAUUCUGUCGGUGGCACGAUAUUUCCAUUUCUCUAUCACUCAUCUCACACUAUACAAGUAAAUAGACUAAAAUCUCUCUGUACAUUUAUCAACAUGUCAAAUAUUUCG